GUGAAGGAGAACAACUACCGGGGCCAUGGUGACAGCGUGGAUCAGCUCUGCUGGCACCCCAGCAACCCCGACCUCUUUGUCACAGCAUCUGGGGACAAAACCAUCCGCAUCUGGGAUGUCCGCACCACCAAGUGCAUCGCCACCGUCAAUACCAAAGGGGAGAACAUAAACAUCUGUUGGAGCCCUGACGGACAGACCAUUGCGGUGGGGAAUAAGGAUGACGUGGUCACUUUCAUUGAUGCCAAGACGCAUCGCUCCAAAGCUGAGGAGCAGUUCAAGUUUGAGGUGAACGAGAUCUCCUGGAACAAUGAUAACAACAUGUUCUUCCUCACUAACGGGAACGGCUGCAUCAACAUCCUCAGCUACCCAGAGCUGAAGCCCAUUCAGUCCAUCAACGCUCAUCCUUCAAACUGUAUCUGCAUCAAGUUCGAUCCCAUGGGGAAGUACUUUGCCACAGGCAGUGCUGAUGCGUUAGUCAGCCUCUGGGAUGUGGAUGAACUGGUGUGUGUGAGGUGCUUCUCAAGGCUUGACUGGCCUGUGCGAACACUGAGCUUUAGCCAUGAUGGGAAGAUGCUGGCGUCGGCAUCAGAAGAUCACUUCAUCGACAUUGCAGAGGUGGAGACAGGAGAGAAGCUCUGGGAGGUGCAGUGUGAGUCCCCCACCUUCACAGUGGCCUGGCACCCGAAGAGGCCACUGCUGGCCUUCGCCUGUGAUGACAAAGAUGGCAAAUACGACAGCAGCCGGGAGGCAGGCACCGUCAAGCUCUUUGGGCUCCCUAAUGACUCCUAACGAAACCGCACUGGAGGAGGCAAUGCUUCCCUGCUCUUGGGGCUGGGAGAGUGCUUAGUUAGUGUAGGUUGAGGUAAGGAGAUGGUUCACGUCCUUGCCUGCUUGGCAGUGCUGCAACCUGUGGCUCAGCUCUGUGCGUACUGCUCUCAGGAGU